GCUGCGAUGCUAAGUCCCUUAAUUUAUUUAUUUAUUCUACAAAGCAAUCUCCCAAUUCCCACAACACUGAACUUCACCACUCACAACUGCACACUCACUCUCAUCUCUCUCUUUACAAUCAGAUCUACGCAAAAUGCAAACCCAACUCACACUCUCCACUCUCUUCCUUUCACUCUUAUUAACAUCUCAAACAUUUUUCACUCUCGCAGCGCAGAGCAAACCACAGGAUCUGGUCCAGUCAUCGUGCGUCCACGCCAGGUACCCAAGCCUGUGUCUUCGAACCCUCUCCAACUACCCUGGGCCCGCCAACACCCCGCUGGACCUGGCCCGGGCCUCCCUCAGGGUGAGCCUCGCCCACGCUCGCCGGGCCUCCAAGUACUUAAAGGCAUUGUCCAGAGGCGGCACCACCACAUUGGGUAAACGGCAGCGAACGGCGUUACGCGACUGCACGGAACAGAUUUCGGACUCCGUUGAACAGCUACGGAAGAGCCUCGACGAGUUGCAACAUCUACGGUCGGAGACGUUCCGGUGGCAGAUGAGCAACGCCCAGACGUGGGUCAGCGCCGCCCUCACCGACGGCGACACGUGUCUCGACGGCUUCGACGGGAAUGUCAGGCCCGACCUGAAACGCCGGGUCACGGAUGUUGCCAGAGUAACUAGCAAUGCUUUGUAUAUGAUUAAUAGACUCGAUAAAGGUGGGCCCAAGCCCGAGCCCAAGCCUGACUCUGCCUCGAGCAUCAAGAACUGAAUCGUGCGUAUGAGAAUGAAGAAAGUUGAAUUAACGCAGUUGGUAAAUUACAGUACGUGAAACUGUUAAGUCAUGCUAAUUUAGCUAUUGACCACUGUACGCUUUCUGUUGUUACAAGGCUGUGACCCUUUUGUU